AUGGCUAACUUACCGGCCGAGAUGAGCGACCAACUAGUCGUUGACGCGCUCGUGCAGCUUGGUUUUGAAGUUGAAUCACAAGUCCGCUUUCCGCUCGUGGAAGGCGUGAAGUUUGGUCGCGUUCACGCGGUUGAGCCUAAUCCAUCGGCCGAUCGUCUGGCGGUUUGCCAAGUGGUCUUCAACGACCAAACGCGCACGAUUCAAACUAGCGCUACCAACGUCAGAGUCGGCGCGGUCGUGGCCGCUUUUGUGAGCGGUUCGCGGUUAGGUGAGACGGUUUUUUCACCUCGGAAAAUGCAGGGAGUUGUUUCGGAGGGGAUGCUGAUUUCGCUCAGCGAAGUCGGCUACGCGAGCGCUCUGCUCGGGCCGCUUGGUCAAGGGAUCACGCUCUUUGAAGCUGAGAUGGAUCUUGACCACGACCCGGUUGAUUUACUCGGUUUAAACGACACUUUGCUUGACAUCACCGUUUUGCCUAACCGUCCGAACAGCCGUUGCUACCAGGCAAUUGCCCGCGAGUUAGCGGCUUUUUUUCACCGUCAGGUGCCCCGUGAGCACUGGAAUAAGUUUCGCGCCCAGGGAAGUUUAAAGGUCAGCGUGCCGGCUGGUAACGAGUACGUUUUAAUCGGGGCCAACGCUGAUUUUAAACUGACUUGA